AUGCGCGGCGACAGCGAUGGGGGCUCUCCGCCCUGGAGUGGGUCCCGCGGCGACGCAGGGUCCCUGUUCCAGCUGCGGCCCACGGGGCGGCUUCCCGCGGGACCCGCGCUCUGCCGGGUCUGCCUCACCCCGGCCCUUGUGCGCGGCCUGCACAAUGGGUCUCCGUUGGAGGAGCGGGCAGCCGAUGAGCAACACCCGGAGACGGGCCCAGCAGAUCAUACUGGUCCCAAGUUUGACAUCGAUAUGCUGGUUUCACUUCUGAGGCAAGAAAAUGCAAGAGAUAUUUGUGUGAUCAAGGUUCCUCCAGAAAUGCGAUACACAGAUUACUUUGUAAUUGCUAGUGGAACUUCCACCCGACAUUUACAUGCCAUGGCCUACUACGUUGUGAAAAUGUACAAAUACCUAAAAUGUAAAAGUGAACCACAUGUUAAGAUUGAAGGGAAGGAUACUGAUGACUGGCUCUGUGUGGACUUUGGCAGCAUGGUGAUUCAUUUGAUGCUUCCAGAAACCAGAGAAACCUAUGAAUUAGAGAAAUUAUGGACCCUACGUUCUUAUGAUGACCAGUUAGCUCAGAUAGCACCUGAAACAUUACCUGAAGACUUCAUUCUUGGAAUAGAAGAUGACACUUCAUCUCUGACUCCAGUGGAGUUCAAAUGUGAAUAAAACUAGAACUGCUUUAGACAUUUCAGACUUGGAUUGAGUCACUUCUUGGAAAAUACCAAUCCUAGGCUUCACAUCAGUUAGGUUGACACUGGAACAAGCAUUGUUUACCUCAUGGGCACUCAUACUGAUGUGUGGAGUAUAUAUAAAUGAGUUAACAUUACUGAGAUCCCAGCAGGAUUUCCUGGCCUUAGCAUUGGUGCCUGGGAUUAAUGUAAGCCCUCUGCUCAGAUUUUUAUAAACUGCCUAAAUGCAUCGCCAUCCACUGAUCUAUUACUUUGAGAUAAUAGAAGACAGUAGUAAGUACCAGGAUAUUCUUCUAUACUCUUUCACAAUCCUCCAAAUGACGGAAAGCAAAUGUUAAGGAAACUCUUGGAACCUGUAGUUCUUAAGUUCAUAUGCAAACGGUAUAGUCAGUGUUCAUACUAAUGUAUCAGGGCUGGAGAAAAUAAUGUACCACUAAAUAUUUGUUCAAGUUUGUAGAACAAAUUCAAAAUGCUCAUACCCAUCUGAAAACAUACUACACAACAAGCUGUACCUAAUGAUGAAAAACUUUAUUUUGCAUCAAGGUAUCUGGAAUAUGAAGCUGCAUUGGGGGCACAUUAUAGAUGAGGAAUGAUCCAUAUGGUGAGUACAAAAUUCAAUUACAGAAUUAUUCUUAGUACCAGAUACUCCAAAUUAUCAACGCUUAAAGUGAAAGUAAAACAUGAUUUGCCAAGCUAAAAGGCUAGAAGUGAAAUAUGGCAGAAUUUAAACCAGCAGAUAUAAAUGCAGCACCUAUCAGUAUUUUUGAAAAAUCAAAUAUUGAGGAAGAACUCUGGCCUCAAACACAUCUCACCUGAAAUUCAACCAGAAAGCCGGUUCAUGAUUUUUUUUAAAGCAAUUUAAAUUCAUUGUAUGAAAACAAUUAUGAAUGCCAGAUGAAUUCAGUGACAAAAAAUGGGCGCUUUUUGACUAAAAACUACAAAAUAAACUGGUUUUCUGGAAAUAUUUAGGAAAACAUUUCAAAUCAUUUUCAAAAUGCCUAAACUUGCCUAUUCUGUGUAGAAAUUAAUCUUGAAAUACAAAUGAGGCAAAAUGAUUUUAGAGGGUUACAUAAUGCCCUUCAGUGUAAUGGGGUGACUGUGAUCAUUUUAUGAACAAAAGCAACACAAAAACAAUUCAGAGAGCAGCGUGGCCUUGGGGCCACCCGCACCCACACAAUUGUACAUCCUGGGCUUUGCCAUCAAGUUAAGGAAUGG